AUGGGGCGCAGCAACAAUCAGCGUCGGCGCACCUGCAAGGCGCGCGGGCAGUCGUUCAUUCCCAAGGUGGUCAAGAGCAAGGUGCGCAAUGAGAACCGCCGUAUGAAGAUUAUGGCGGCCAAGAAGGACCCACGGCUGCACAAGAAGCUCUCCUACGACAAGGUCCACACCAAGUCAGGCAAGAUCACGAAGCGUAAGUUCCAGUCCGGUGGCUACAACCACAGCGGCAAGUUCGGAAAGGCGGCUGGAGUGAAGCGGAAUGCUGCGAAGGGGAGGACGAAGUAG